AUGUCCACCGAAAACCGCCCAGAGAUCCUCCUUCUUUCCCUUGCAUACCUGGACUUUCUCGACGAGGCCUACGCAUCACUGCUUGAUGACUUAGCCAAGUCCACUCGGCUGAAGCGUGUAAAGACGGCGAACGCGGCACUUCGCUAUCUGGAACACAACAAUCCCAGCGCCAUCAUCAUCACAGACCAAGGUUUGACUGACUGGCGCCACCAUGAAGUACUCCGAAAGGUAGAAACAUACGUACGUUAUGGCGGCCUUGCUAUUAUCGGCCUUCAUUUUCCCAGCUUUGUGACAAUGGACGUCUUCGACAACUUCUUUGCUUUUGGCUUUGGGUUGCCUUGGAAACACGGCGAUUAUGAGCGCACUGACUUUAAACGCAAUCCGUCCGGCGUCCUACCUCAUGGUACGAAAUCGUCUUCGUUGCCUGGGCCGUUUAGCAUGAAGGUCCUCCACGUCAAGGAGGCUCGGCCCCAUGAGAAGAUCUUCAUUCCAGUCACCACAUAUUCCAAGGAUCCACAGGCCGCAGUGACCGCAGCCCGGCUUGGAAGUGGGUAUCUAGUUUACUGUGGUGAUGUUAAUGGGGAAGAAGGUACAAAUAGGAUUAUCUGGUCCCUAUGCGGUCUUCAGGUCUAA